UCACUCCACGCUCAGGCCACCAGAAUGUUAAGGUGUGCCGUAUUCGGGCUCUCAGUUCUGAUCAGUAUCUGUCAACCGUUUAUGCUACCCAUACCACAUUAGUCAUAUUCUUCACGACCUAUAAAGAUGGCAGAUAAUGCAUCUUGGAUCAUACGGUAGUAUAUAACCCACAAUCACCUGCAAGUGGAGUACAUACUGACCAUAAUCUUGAUGUCUGAGCACAUCGGAAGGAGAUCCCUGCAUGUUGUCAUGAACAACGGCGAGAAAUUUGGAGGCGUCAUUGAUGACUUUGGCACAGAACCUCGCAUGAUGACCAUUGUUGAUAUCCCUCGUGCGGCGACGACGAGCAUAGAGACUCAGGUAGGUGAUCCCGUGAUUCAUUAUGUUAUGGACACUCCGGACGACAAUGACAGCAUGUCGAAGCGUUUAUGGACGCGUUUCUCUGCGAUGUCUUUGUGGACAAAUUUCAUUCGUAAGGGUUGUGCAUGGACCAUAAGAGCAGGAGAGGCUAACCUUGGCUACGUGGAUCCUACGGAAGACCCUGGACCGAUUGACAAAGUCCUUGACCUCGUUUUUAAUGCCAUCUAUCAAUCCCGGGAACGAGUCAACAGUAAGGAGCAAAACAGGAGAUACUCCGAAUUCAAGGAGAAGGCGAACAAGGCAAUUGAUAAAGUAAUUGGCAACAGAAGGAAAGAGAUGUUGUAUCUCGCCACCAUAGCCACUACGCCAGCUCAACAAGGACACGGAUAUGGGACCGCACUCGUGAAGGUCUUGACCAUAAAGGCAGACUUGGAAGCUCGUGCAACGUGGCUUGUCUCAAGCAACGUCAAAGACAACACUGGGUUCUACAACUCCCUGGGUUUCUUCACUGUCGGGGAAUUCACCCUUGGUGAUGACAAUCCAACUUGGCACGAAGCACCAUUUCCCGUUGCGAUCAUGCUUCGAGAGCCCCAGAAUGCGAAUGAAAAAGUUCACAUCCGAGCCUCGGGCCCUAAGUGAGGUAAGAUGACAAGGGUGCCCAAAUCCAAUCAUACAUCGAUGUGGGUUUUCAGAGCGGGAUAACACUCACAGUUAUACUUGGUGUAUUCGUCUAAUCCAAGGUUCGUUAGGAAACACUGUGUUGUAUUUCCGACAACAUACUCUCGACAUCCAUCCAAAGGUCCCUCUGUCCCCAGAUACCCGUGACUGCGGUUAUAAUCAUCCAACACGAACUCACACUGAGUUCUUCAUCUUC